AUGGUUACGCUCAGUACCACAACGACACCCCCGACUACCCAUCAUGUGCAUAUGCCGGGCGUGACCCCCGGGACAUGGGGAGGGGGAUACGAUGAUGAGAAUAUGUGUCUGUCCAGGGGCCCGGGGUUAGCCCCGGAUUCACCCCCCUUCCAGAGAUACGCGGCCAAUGUGAGAGAACGAAAACGUAUGCUGAAUAUUAACUCUGCCUUUGAAGAGCUCAGACUUCACGUUCCGACAUUUCCUUUCGAGAAGCGCUUGUCCAAGAUUGACACCCUCCGGCUCGCCAUUGCCUACAUAGCGCUACUCAGAGAUAUACUGAUGUCACGUGCGGACCCCCUGGAAUUUGUCGAGAACAGUCUAAGACAGGGGACGGAGGGACAGAACGAAGCAAUAUGGAACACAAGCGAUCUCACAGCGCGGCUGUCGUGGGUGAAGUGGGAAAGCCUGGGGGUGCGGCGGCGGCCCUUCCUGUCGUCCCUCCCCUCAAAAGCCCGAAGCAUCCCCGGGGACGACUGA